GUAAUUUUUUUAAGAAUCAAAGGGGAAAAUCUGUACAACACAAAUACCAUUUAACAAGAACAGGGGAGCCACGGAGCGGGCAGCUGCGGGCUCCACCCCCAGCAGCUCUGCCAUCUGGGUCAGGACGCGGUGGCCGCGGUGCUGGACCUCAGGACCUGCGGGCUCGGGGACCACUGCCGCCCGCCGCUUCCCUUGCGCCCGCUUCGCCCGCAGGUCCCCGGUCCCCAGCCACGAACUACAGGGAAACCACAGCGAGCACAGUAACAAAAAAAAAGAAAUGCCUCAUUCCACCAACAAAGAGCUGAUCCUUGGCAUCAUGGUGGGAACUACUGGAAUCAGCUUGGUGCUUCUGUGGUACCACAAGGUUCGCAAACCAAGGAUAGCAAUGAAUUUACCUAAGUUUCUUUCUCUGGGUAAUACAUUUGGUUCGAUGACUUUGCAAGAUGAACAUGGCCAAGGAACAGCAGCCAUCUUUCAAGGAAGGCAACUUCAGAUAUUGGAGAAGUUAAAUGAAUUACUGACAAAUAUAGAAGAACUCAAAAAGGAGAUCAGAGUUCUUGAAGAAGCCAUCCCAAAGCUGGAGGAAUAUAUCCAAGGCGAACUUGAAGGAAAGGUAACUGUCCGUAAGGUAAGUCCUCAGCACAGAGCUAGAAAAAGAAGACUUGCCACGGCUCAAAAUUCAGCAACAAGUAAUAGUUCAGAGGAAGCAGAAAGUGAAGGAGGGUAUAUUACAGCUAAUACUGACACAGAAGAACAGAAUUUUCCAGUCUCUAAAGCAUUUAACACACAUGUGCAAGAAUUAAAUUUAGAUGUCCUUCUUCAGAAAGCAGAUAACUUAUGUAUGAACGAGUCUAGCAAGAUGGAGAGUUUUGAACUACUUUGUGACCACAAAGAAAAGUUUAGAGAUGAAAUAGAGUUUAUUUGGCGGUUUGCUCGUGCUUAUGGAGACAUGUAUGAGCUAUCUACAGAUACUCAAGAAAAGAAACAUUAUGCUAAUAUUGGAAAGACAUUAGGUGAAGCUAUUACUAGAGCACCCAUGAACGGAUAUUGUCAUCUGUGGUAUGCUGUUUUGUGUAGCUAUAUGUCUGAGUUUGAAGGCUUACAAAACAAAAUCAACUAUGGACAUCGCUUCAAGGAACAUCUAGAGAAAGCAAUUGAAUUUUUACCUGAGGAACCCUUUUUGUAUUACCUGAAGGGAAGAUACUGUUAUACUGUCUCAAAACUGAGCUGGAUUGAAAAAAAAAUGGGUGCUACUGGAAAAACACCAUCCUCAACUAUACAAGAAGCUUUACAAAAUUUCCUUAAGUGUUAUGUCAAUCUUGAGCAAAUCAGUGAUGCUGAGAAGUUCUGUAAUCUGGCAGUGUUGCCUCCAUGUGUAACCAAAGAGGAUAAAGAUGCACAGAAAGAAGCGAAAAAAAUAAGUACUUCCUUGAAAAGAUAAAUAAAAGAACUUACUCUUCAACAAAUCAGAUGUGGUCUAUCUACUAAGAUUUAAACUUAAACUAAUCAAAGCUGUGCUUUUUAUUUUGUUUUCUUUUUGAUGUAAGGGUAAUGUGCUCAAAUUUGAAGGUAAAACCAUGUUUCUGCAGAAUGCAUUCCACUUGCAGCACUAGAGAACUAACUCUGUUACUUGGAGAAAUCUAUUCCCUAUAAUGUCAGUACAAAAUGAUCUUUAAACAUGUAUGCUUUAUAUUUUUCCUAUCAAUAAACUAUAGUCUUCAGAAUAUUUCUUCAAAUAAAAUAUUUAA